AUGAAUAUUGGAUGGGAUGAGGAGAUUGGCAAGCCUUCAAUGAAAGUAUGGCUCCAGUGGUUGAAGGAUCUGCCAAAGCUAGAAACGCUACAUCUCGAAAGAUGCUACAAGCCUCAAGAAUUUGGAAAAGUGACGUCUGCCCAAUUACAUCUAUUCUGUGAUGCCAGUGAAGUUGGCUACGGAAUAUGUGCCUAUCUACGCCUUACGAAUGAGGAUAAUCGCAUUCACUGUGUGCUGGUGAUGGCGAAGUCAAGAGUGGCCCCUCUAAAGAAAAUAACAACACCUCGCAUGGAGCUGACCGCUGCGACAGUGGCUGUUCGUCUCUCGGAGGUAAUUCUUCAGGAGCUCCAGUACAAAACAGACAAUAUAUUCUUCUGGACAGAUAGCAUGUCUGUUCUCAGGAAUAUUGCAAACACGACAUCAAGGUUCAAGACGUUUGUCGCAAACAGGCUAACGACAAUUCACGAAGGGUCAGAUGUGAGCCAGUGGAAACAUGUCAACACAAAAUCUUACCCAGCUAAAUGUGCAUCUAGAGCAAUGACAUUUGAGAAGCUGAAACAGACAAGAAUGUGGUUUUGA